UCCUGGGACAGGAGCCAGUUGGAUGCUGCCUCUUCCAGCCCCAAACUUUCCCUUUUCACAGAUGAGGAAACUGAGGCCAGAGCCAGGGGGAGGGGAGAAAGAGGUGCAGACAAAGGAGGAGGGUGCAGAGCAAGACUGUGGGAAAGAGCUUGAGGGCAGGGGCUGGAAGGAAAGAACCGAGGAAGGGAGGAAGAGCUCUCUGCCAGGAGGAACGUGGCACUGCCUGGGGAGGGGAGGGGGAAGGCUGCCUGACUUCCCACCUUUUCAGAUGUGGGAGUAAGAGAGGAGGAAAGCAAGGGGAUUGGCAGCCUAGGAGGGCUUCUUGGGAGAGGCAAGUUGAACUGGUCCUGAAGGGUAUCUCUGAAUUAGGAAGAGCUGAAGAGGAGGGCAGCCAAGAAGGAAACAGUCUGUGCAAAGGCACAGGGCACCUAACACAAAAAUGUACAGCAUGUUCUAGGGGCAUCUGUGGAGCUAGGCUGGUGGGGAACUAGUGGCACCUGCCCUGUGCAAUGAAUGCUUUGUACUGAAGGGCAGGCAGGGCAGGGGUCCAGCUCUGGAAAGCCUGAGCACCCGGGCAGACGUGGAUUUUAGGACGGGACAUCUCAGCUCAGACGGCAAACAUAAUGAUGGAGGUGGUACAGAGGCUUUGGGGCAUGAGACCGAGUCUGGAGCUAAGGAAGGCCCCUUGAAGUGCAUCUGGGCUGAGAUGCAAAGGAAGAAUGGGAAUUAGGCAAUAAAAUCAAAGGUGGUGGAUGACAGGGGAGGGGACAGCCAGGCAAAGAAGGAGUUAAAGAACCAAAUUCAGCUCUUUGGAGUAAGCAGAUAGUUCCUAGUGGCAGUGUAGCUCUCUAUUGGUGAGGGCCAAGCCGUCAGAGGGGAGAAGGAAUCAAGGAAGUGGCUGGAGAGGGACCUCAGAACAGCAUGUCCGGAUUCGAGUCAUCAAGAAGAAAAAGAUCAUCAUGAAGAAGCGAAAGAAGCUAACUCCCCCGAGACCCCCGGUGACUGCCAGGGCUUCAGUGACCACCAGCCCUGCAAGGACCCUUGACCUCCCCGAGAAGCAAGAACCAGACUGUCCCCCUUUGGGCCUGGAGUCCCUGCGAGUUUCAGAUAACCAGCUCGAUGCAUCUAGCAGCCAGUCCUUUGGUCUUGGACCACACCGAGGACGGCUCAACAUCCAGUCAGGCCUGGAGGAUGGUGAUCUUUUUGAUGGGGCCUGGUGUGCCGAGCAGCAGGAUGCCAAGCCAUGGCUUCAGGUGGAUGCUAGGCACCCCACCCGCUUCUCAGGCAUUAUCACACAGGGCAGGAACUCCAUCUGGAGGUAUGACUGGGUCACAUCAUACAAGGUCCAGUUCAGCAAUGACAGUCUUACCUGGUGGGGGAGUAAGAAUCGCAGCAGUGGGAUGGACGCGGUAUUUCCUGCCAAUUCGGACCCAGAGACACCAGUGCUGAACCUCCUGCCUGAGCCGCAGGUGGCCCGUUUCAUUCGCCUGCUGCCCCAGACCUGGCUCCAGGGAGGUGCAUCCUGCCUCCGGGCAGAGAUCCUGGCCUGCCCAGUCUCAGAUCCUAAUGGUCUACUCCCUGAGGUCCCUGUGCUGGGAUCCUCCGACACACUGGACUUCCGGCAUCAUGAUUAUAAAGCCAUGAGGAAGCUGAUGAAGCAGGUGAACGAGCAAUGCCCCAACAUCACCCGCGUCUACAGCAUCGGGAGGAGCCACCAGGGCUUGAAGCUGUAUGUGAUGGAAAUGUCGGACCAGCCUGGGGAGCAUGAGCUGGGAGAGCCUGAGGUGCGCUACGUGGCCGGCAUGCAUGGGAAUGAGGCCCUGGGGCGGGAGUUGCUCCUGCUCCUAAUGCAGUUCCUGUGCCGUGAGUUCCUGAGAGGGGACCCGCGGGUGACCCGGCUGCUCACCGAGACGCGCAUUCACCUGCUGCCCUCCAUGAACCCUGACGGCUAUGAGACUGCCUUCCACCGGGGCUCGGAGCUGGUGGGCUGGGCAGAGGGCCGCUGGAACCAUCAGGGCAUUGACCUUAACCAUAAUUUUGCUGACCUCAACACACCACUGUGGGAAGCAGAGGAUGAUGGGCUGGUGCCUGACAGUGUCCCCAACCAUCACCUGCCACUGCCUACUUACUACACCCUGCCCAAUGCCACUGUGGCUCCUGAAACGCGGGCAGUGAUCAAGUGGAUGGAGCGGAUCCCUUUUGUGCUAAGUGCCAACCUCCACGGGGGUGAGCUCGUGGUGUCCUACCCCUUCGACAUGACUCGGACUCCGUGGGCUGCCCGCGAACUCACGCCCACCCCAGAUGAGGCAGUGUUUCGCUGGCUCAGCACUGUCUAUGCUGGCACUAAUUGGGCAAUGCAGGACCCAGAUCGCCGACCCUGCCACAGCCAGGACUUCUCCUUGUAUGGCAACAUCAUCAACGGGGCUGACUGGCACACAGUUCCUGGGAGCAUGAAUGACUUCAGCUACCUACACACCAACUGCUUUGAGGUCACUGUGGAGCUGUCCUGUGACAAGUUCCCUCACGAGAACGAGCUGCCCCAGGAGUGGGAGAACAACAAAGAUGCCCUUCUCACCUACCUGGAACAGGUGCGCAUGGGCAUUGCCGGAGUUGUGAAGGACAAGGACACGGAGAUUGGGAUUGCUGAUGCUGUCAUUGCCGUGGAUGGGAUUAACCAUGAUGUAACAACGGCAUGGGGCGGGGAUUAUUGGCGCCUGCUGACCCCAGGGGACUAUGUGGUGACUGCCAGUGCUGAGGGCUACCACACAGCGACUCGGAGCUGUCGGGUCACCUUUGAAGAGGGCCCUGUGCCCUGCAAUUUCCACCUCACCAAGACUCCCAAACAGAGACUUCGAGAGCUGCUGGCAGCUGGGGCCAAGGUGCCCCCGGACCUUCGGAGGCGGCUGGAGCGGCUGAGGGGACAGAAUUAACACCUCUAGCCGAAGAGCCCCAGAGGCUUGGGCAGGCUGGACCUGUCCAGAACUGAAGGAGGGGGCUUGGAGAGUUGGG